AUCCUCGAAGGAACCGAGGGGACAUGGUGGCCAAGGGGUGCCUCCCGGAACAGCGGCUGGUUGCGGAGCUUGUCCGAGAUUCCGCUCGGAUUUGGCUUCAGAUGAACAGAUCUUCUGCACUGUGUACAGGCACAGGCCUCUUAAGAACUGAUGAAAUGUGAGAGCCACAGACCUAACCCGAAAAACCAGUUCUGGGCUUGCUUUCUUGAGAGUCACUGAGUGUUUCUACAUUUCCUUUUACUGCUGAUAUGUGCUCAAGAUGAGUGGGAUGGGAGAAAAUACCUCUGACCCAUCCAGGGCAGAGACAAGAAAACGCAAGGAAUGUACUGACCAGCUUGGACCCAGUCCCAAAAGGAGCACCGAGAAACGUAAUCGUGAGCAGGAAAACAAGUACAUAGAAGAACUUGCAGAGCUGAUUUUUGCAAAUUUUAAUGAUAUCGAUAACUUCAACUUCAAACCUGACAAAUGUGCAAUCUUAAAAGAAACUGUGAAGCAGAUUCGCCAGAUAAAGGAGCAAGAGAAAGCAGCAGCUGCCAACAUAGAUGAAGUGCAGAAGUCAGAUGUGUCGUCGACAGGGCAGGGUGUCAUCGACAAGGAUGCGCUGGGGCCUAUGAUGCUUGAGGCCCUCGAUGGCUUCUUCUUUGUGGUGAACCUAGAAGGCAACGUUGUGUUCGUGUCGGAGAAUGUGACACAGUACUUAAGGUAUAACCAGGAAGAACUGAUGAACAAGAGUGUCUACAGCAUCCUGCAUGUUGGGGACCACACUGAAUUUGUCAAGAACCUGCUGCCAAAGUCCAUAGUGAAUGGGGGAUCUUGGUCUGGUGAACCUCCCAGGCGAAACAGCCAUACCUUCAACUGUCGGAUGCUGGUGAAGCCUUUACCCGAUUCAGAAGAAGAUGGCCAUGAGAACCAGGAAGCGCACCAGAAAUAUGAAGCUAUGCAGUGCUUCGCUGUGUCUCAGCCUAAGUCCAUCAAAGAGGAAGGAGAAGAUUUGCAGUCCUGCUUGAUUUGUGUGGCCCGAAGAGUCCCCAUGAAGGAAAGACCAGCCCUUCCCUCAUCAGAGAGCUUUACCACCCGCCAGGACCUCCAAGGCAAGAUCACUUCUCUGGACACCAGCACCAUGAGAGCUGCCAUGAAACCGGGCUGGGAGGAUCUGGUGAGAAGAUGCAUUCAGAAAUUCCACACGCAGCACGAAGGGGAGUCUCUGUCCUACGCAAAGAGGCAUCAUCACGAAGUUCUGAGACAAGGCUUGGCAUUUAGUCAAAUCUACCGUUUUUCUUUGUCCGAUGGCACUCUCGUUGCUGCACAAACGAAAAGCAAACUCAUCCGUUCUCAGACGACUAACGAGCCUCAGCUUGUAAUAUCCUUACACAUGCUGCACAGAGAGCAGAAUGUAUGUGUAAUGAAUCCGGAUAUGACUGGACAAGCGAUGGGGAAGCCAUUGAAUCCAAUUAGCUCUAGCAGCCCUGCCCAUCAGGCCAUGUGCAGUGGGAACCCAGGUCAGGACAUGACCCUCAGUAGCAAUAUAAAUUUCCCCAUGAAUGGCCCAAAGGAACAGAUGGGCAUGCCUCUGGGCAGGUUUGGUGGUUCUGGGGGCAUGAACCAUGUAUCAGGCAUGCAAGCAGCCACUCCUCAGGGUAGUAACUAUGCACUCAAAAUGAACAGUCCCUCACAAAGCAGCCCCGGCGUGAACCCAGGGCAGCCCACCUCCAUGCUCUCACCACGGCAUCGCAUGAGCCCCGGCGUGGCUGGCAGUCCUCGCAUCCCACCCAGUCAGUUUUCCCCUGCAGGAAGCUUGCAUUCCCCUGUGGGAGUUUGCAGCAGCACAGGAAAUAGCCAUAGUUAUACCAACAGUUCCCUCAAUGCACUGCAAGCCCUCAGCGAGGGCCAUGGGGUCUCAUUAGGGUCAUCGUUGACUUCACCGGACCUAAAAAUGGGCAAUUUGCAAAACUCCCCAGUUAAUAUGAAUCCUCCCCCACUCAGCAAGAUGGGAAGCUUGGACUCCAAAGACUGUUUUGGACUUUAUGGGGAGCCAUCGGAAGGUACAACUGGACAAGCAGAGACCAGCUGCCAUCCUGGAGAACAAAAGGAGCCCAAUGACUCCAGCAUGCACCAGGCGGCCAGCGGGGAGAGGGCCGAGGGACACAGCCGGCUGCAUGACAGCAAAGGGCAGACCAAACUUCUCCAGCUGCUGACCACCAAGUCCGACCAGAUGGAGCCUUCACCCUUGCCCAGCUCUUUGUCAGACACAAGCAAGGACUCUGCGGGUAGCUUGCCUGGGCCUGGGUCAACACAUGGCACCUCGCUCAAGGAGAAGCAUAAGAUUUUGCACAGACUCUUACAGGACAGUAGCUCCCCUGUGGACUUGGCCAAGCUGACAGCAGAAGCCACAGGCAAAGAGCUGAGCCAGGAGUCCAGCAGCACAGCUCCUGGGUCAGAAGUGACUGUCAAGCCAGAGCCAGUGAGCCCCAAGAAGAAAGAGAAUGCACUACUUCGCUAUUUGCUCGAUAAAGAUGAUACUAAAGAUAUUGGUUUACCAGAAAUAACCCCCAAACUUGAGCGACUGGACAGUAAGACAGAUCCUGCCAGUAAUACGAAACUAAUAGCUAUGAAAACUGUGAAAGAGGAGAUGAGCUUUGAACCCAGUGACCAGCCUGGCAGCGAGCUGGACAACCUGGAAGAGAUUUUGGAUGAUUUGCAUAAUAGUCAAUUACCACAGCUUUUCCCAGACACAAGGCCAGGAGCCCCUGCUGGGUCAGUUGACAAGCAAGCCAUCAUCAAUGACCUCAUGCAGCUCACCGCGGACAGCAGUCCCGCUGCACCUGUUGGAGCCCAGAAAACAGCGCUGCGGAUGUCACAGAGCACUUUUAAUAACCCACGACCAGGGCAACUGGGCAGGUUAUUGCCAAACCAGAAUUUACCACUUGACAUCACAUUGCAAAGCCCAACUGGUGCUGGACCUUUCCCACCAAUCAGAAACAAUAGCCCCUACUCAGUGAUACCUCAGCCAGGAAUGAUGGGUAAUCAAGGGAUGCUAGGAAGCCAAGGAAACUUAGGGAACAAUAGCACAGGAAUGAUUGGCAGUAGCACUUCUCGGCCCGCCAUGCCCUCUGGGGAAUGGGCACCACAGAGUACAGCUGUGAGAGUCACCUGUGCUGCUACUACUGGUGCCAUGAACCGGCCAAUCCAAGGAGGCAUGAUUCGGAACCCAACAUCCAGCAUCCCCAUGCGAGCCAACAGCCAGCCUGGCCAAAGACAGAUGCUUCAGUCUCAGGUCAUGAACAUAGGGCCUUCGGAGUUAGAAAUGAACAUGGGAGGACCUCAGUAUAAUCAACAGCAAGCUCCUCCAAAUCAAACUGCCCCAUGGCCUGAGAGCAUCUUGCCUAUAGACCAGGCAUCUUUUGCCAGCCAGAACAGGCAGCCGUUUGGCAGCUCCCCCGAUGACCUGCUGUGCCCACAUCCUGCAGCAGAGUCUCCCAGCGAUGAGGGCGCUCUUCUAGACCAGCUGUAUAUGGCCUUGCGGAACUUCGAUGGCCUCGAGGAGAUUGAUAGAGCUCUGGGGAUCCCAGAGCUGGUCAGCCAGAGCCAAGCUGUAGAUCCAGAACAGUUCUCAAAUCAAGAAUCCAACAUGAUGCUGGAGCAGAAGGCCCCUGUUUUCCCACAGCAGUAUGCGUCUCAGGCACAAAUGGCCCAGGGUAGCUAUAAUCCCAUGCAAGAUCCAAACUUUCACACCAUGGGACAGCGGCCUAAUUACACCACACUCCGUAUGCAGCCCCGACCAGGUCUCAGGCCCACGGGCCUCGUGCAGAACCAGCCAAACCAACUGAGACUUCAACUUCAGCAUCGCCUCCAAGCACAGCAGAAUCGCCAGCCACUUAUGAAUCAAAUCAGCAAUGUUUCAAAUGUGAACUUAACUCUGAGACCUGGAGUACCAGCACAGGCUCCUAUUAAUGCCCAGAUGCUCGCCCAGAGGCAGAGGGAAAUCCUCAACCAGCAUCUUCGGCAGAGACAAAUGCACCAGCAACAGCAGGUGCAGCAGCGAACUCUGAUGAUGAGAGGACAAGGGUUGAAUAUGACCCCAAGCAUGGUGGCUCCUAGUGGUAUACCAGCAACCAUGAGCAAUCCCCGGAUUCCCCAGGCCAAUGCUCAGCAGUUUCCAUUUCCUCCGAACUACGGAAUAAGUCAACAACCUGAUCCUGGUUUUACUGGGGCUACGACACCCCAGAGUCCUCUAAUGUCCCCCCGGAUGGCACACACCCAGAGUCCCAUGAUGCAGCAAUCUCAAGCCAACCCAGCCUACCAGCCCCCCUCGGACAUGAACGGAUGGGCACAGGGGAGCAUGGGCGGAAACAGCAUGUUUUCACAGCAGUCCCCACCACACUUCGGGCAACAAGCAAACACCAGCAUGUACAAUAACAACAUGAACAUCAAUGUGUCCAUGGCAACCAACACAGGAGGCUUGAGCAACAUGAACCAGAUGACGGGACAGAUGAGCGUGACCUCAGUGACCUCCGUGCCUGCGUCGGGGCUGUCCUCCAUGGGUCCUGAGCAGGUAAAUGACCCUGCUCUGAGGGGAGGCAACCUUUUCCCAAACCAACUGCCUGGAAUGGACAUGAUCAAGCAGGAGGGAGAUGCAUCUCGGAAAUACUGCUGACCCUACAGGUAGCAGUCUGCUUCUAUCUUCAACCCACGGGGCUCACUUGCUCCAAACACUGACCAGUCUGCAGAGCUGCGUCUCUUUGUUCUGCCCCACCUGACCUGCCACCGGUUCCCCCAGGACACGAUCAGCAGACAGCUGGCGCUGGCCCCAGCAGAGAGUGAGCUGGCUUGGCUGCCACUGGAAGCACCCGCCGCCUCUCCUGCCAGCCUGAAAUGCGCCUCCAGACCAUCUCGCAGUCUGUCCACUGCAUUCACCUUAGUGCAACUUAGAUCUCUCCUGCAAAGUAAAUGUCGACAGGCAAACUUCAUACCCAUUCAGAUUGAAUGUAUUUAAAUGUAUGUAUCUAAAGAGAACCAUGCUCUUGUUCUGUUCCUCUUCAGUUCCACACACUGGUUUCUUGCUUUGUUUUCCUUGGCUAAUCAGUCUAGUACAAAAGAUUAUGAUCCUGUCUAGAGCAAAGAAAGGAAGUCAAACACGAGGUGUUCUAAGCUAAAUCCUGCACUUGGAUGGAAGCAGGGCAGACGCUGAGCAAUGCCGUGUGUACCUGACACACCCAGCACACUGAGGUCGUAGCCUGCAGGAAGCUGACAGCUGUGUCACGUCGGAAGGAGCAUCCAGUGUUUGAACAGAUGAAGCGCCUGAAAGAGCGCUCUUCACAUGAACAGGUAUCUGUUCCAGGUUUCCUCUUUCUGAAAACCAAACUAGUUCCCCUAAAUCAGGAGUAAAAGAAUAUUAAUUUCUAAAUUGUGUUUUUAGAUGGAUCAGGUGGUUUGAAUUGGCAUCUCCUCCCCCCUCUGGCCCUGACCUCUGCCUCCCCUCCCUGCCUUCUCUUGUCCCUCCUACUUUUGUGGCUUUUAAAUAAAAACAACAGCAACAGCCUAAGCUACAGAAACCAGCUUAGCCAUGCAUCCUGUCAGCGUUGGCUAGCCACUUAGCAACAGCUUACAUCAGAACUGCAUUUCCUGUCAAGGAGAGGAAGAAAGUGGAGAAGGGACACCAGUCAGCUGCGACACCUGCGUAGGAAGGCCUGGGCUGCCAUCCACUCUGGCCACCAAACGAGAGUUCUGAUGAAAUCGACAGCGGACAUCACGACAGAUCUGACCUCUGCCAUGGGUUUUUUAUUUUGUUUUUUAGCAGUGCUGACAAAGCCGAAGUUUUGUAAGGUACAUAACCCAGUUUAUAUGUAAACAAGCAAUAAUUUAAGUUCAGAACUUAAGUGUUUCAAUUGUAUAAUUUUGUGAGGUAUACAUAUUGUGGGAUUGACUCAAAAAUGAGGUACUUCAGUAUUAAAUUAGAUUUAUCUUCAUAGCAAUGUCUCCUAAUGGUGUUUUGUAAAGGCUGCCAAUGCCUUGAUUGGACCUGAUUUGUAGACUUAAGACCUUUUGUUUUCUAAACCUUGAGAUUCUGCUCAUGAAUCAUGUAUCUAAUCUAUAUGAUAUGCAGCCGCUGUAGGAACCAAGUCUUGAUUUUAUAUGUUUAUAUUCUUUCUUAAUAAACCUUAGAAAGACUACACAUUACUAGCAGCGCACUUUUAUGGUUGUUUUUCCUGCCCAGUCUGUCAGGGAAUAGCCUUUGUUAACUGGUGUCAGAUUCUGACAACUGCAGUACCCAGAACUAAGACCUUUUAAUUCUCCCCAACCCCGAUAUACAUACUUUCUUACCUAAAUUUCAAAAUGGUAUCUUUUUGAUGUCUAAAAACAAAGCAUUUUAUAAUAUCUCAUUAGCCAAGCUUUCUAGGAACAGAAGUUUUUCCUUGAAAUUUAACUGUUUAUUCCCGGCAGGGUGAAAAACAUAUAAACUCCCCUAUUUAUAUUUAUGUCUCUCUAUAUAUCUACAGAUUGUGGAAAUAUAGAAAAGAGAUAUGACCCAAAGACAAAUGGUAAAUCGUCUGAAAGUGUUGCUCCAAGCUAAGGAACUUUCUGGAAAUUUGCAUUCCAAUACCUUUUCCACUUUGAGAGGACUCUCGGUGCAGGGAGGUGGCCAGGGACAGCGCUUCCCAGGGACCACCAGUUCAUGCGUCCGCUCAAGGCUCCACUUUUCUCCACCAAACCAUUGACUGCACAGCUGCCCUGACAACAGGGAGCAGAUGGAGGCCAGGAGCUCUAGGCCCUCCCCCAGGAGUGGGGCUCAUGUGGUACACUGCUAAAGGUGACCCAUGCUCAGAUCAAUUUUCAAAAAUACGUGAGCUAGGAUAAGUUUCAGCUUGACACGGCACAAGAGAAAAUAGAGUUGAAAACAGAUUUGUUUUGAUUUUAAACCCAUUUCACUAUAACACCAGCCACAAUACCGAUCUUUCAACAUUCAUGCAUUCUACCACUCUUUUCAAUGUCGGUCCCAACCGGGCAAGUGUACAAAGGCGGCAGUCAGAAUAACUGUGAUCAGGACGUGAAGAGAGGGUAAAUUCUCUCCCCACAGUCGUAUUUUACAUCUCGUUAGGAGAAUGAAGUAAGUGACGGGGUCCUCUGAUCAUGUUCUCACAGAAGCAAAUGCCAAAUCAACUCCCUUCUUUGUCAGUAUUCCUCAUGCUAUACCCAGUAAAUUUGUACUUGGUUUUUGUUUAACAGGACAUAUAAUCAGUGUUUUUCUUAUAUCGCUCAAUGUGAAAAGCAUACCCAUGUUAACUCGGUUGUAGAACCCAUCUCAGUGUUCGUGUACCGUGGUAAGUUUUCAAAGUGAAGUGAGCUGUGUUACUACAACAGAUUCGUUUGACUCAAAGAUUAAAACACCCCCCACGUGUAUCUUCUACGACCUGUGAUAAUUGAAAGCAAUGGUUUGUUGCAGUUUAAGAUGCGACUUUGAAUCUGUGUUUCUAACUGGAGUUCCUCUGGGUGUGACACAUGAACUGGGAGGCGCAGAUGCACUUGCAGAACCCAAAGAUACACAAUCAAUUUUGAAAUGCAACUUAAGCCAUUAACUGUUGGUGUGAAUUUAAAAUUUUCUAGUGUUUGUAUGGUAGUAUGCUGCCUAAGAGCAAAGCAUUCUCUGCACAAAAGAAAAUUACUGUAGUGGCUUCGAUUUUAAUUAGAAUUUUCUCCCUGGUGUUUCUUUAUAGACUAAAACAAAAUCUUUUAAGUUUCUUACUACAGGUAAAAGCUAUGUGCAAGAACCUCAAAAUGCUAAAACCUAGCAUAAUGCCUUAGAUCUGUUUUUAAGUCUUGUAUAUUCCUACAUAGCUGUCCAAUGUAUUAUAUUUGUAUAGUGAAUUGUGUACAAUUUUUGAACAAGUGCAUCAUCACUUACCCUUAUGUUAUUGAACAGUGAUGAUGAUUCAUUUCUUCAAACAUUUAACUGUCAUUUUUUUCUUUGUCAUUCGUGGAUUUUAUUUGUACAGUUCCUCAUGAAGUUGCAUCUGAGAUAUGUGUAUAUGAAAAGAUUAUACAAGGGUAAAAUUAAGCAAUAUAUUAACUAUGGUUCUUCAGGAGAAAGCUUACAGUGUUUCAGGUUGUGAUUUAUUUUCAAAACAGAGUUGGCUCUGAACAUCACUUUGUUCAUCUGCAUUGAUGUUUGUAUUUCUAGUGUGAGCAGUUUAUGCAAAGGUAGAUAUAUUCAGAGAAAUUUUAAAUACAUUUAUGCAAGUUACUAUUGCUUUGCUGAUGCUAUUUGCUUAUUUGAUGUUAAAUAAUGCUAUUGUAAAUAAAGAAUCUGUUGUUACUGCAUCAUUUAAUAAAUUUUAAUGCCUUCGGGUUUUACAUGGCUUUAGAGAUUUUAA